AUAAACGAAACCCAGUCAAAGUAAUGGCGCCAAAGACAACCAGAAAUCAAAGUCCACCGUCCGAUCCUCAGGGAAUGUUCGCUGGAUUGGUCGUCUUCUUAGUCGAAAAACGAGUUCAGAGCCGUCGUUUACAGAUUUGGAAGCAAAAAUUGGUCUAAAUGGGGGCUACAAUCGAAGACAGCCUAACCAAAAGGGUCACUCACAUACUUGCUAUGGACCCAGAAGCCCUCUUACAACAACUGGGUAGUGAGCGCUUGGCGCACUUUAAAGGAACAGUUGUAGUUUAUCAGUGGCUAGAGGAUAGUUUGAGCUCAGGAGAGAAGGUAUCUGAGGAUAUGUACCAUCUAAAAUUGGAAGCAGACAAGUCUUCCAAUGAUUACAUUUCUAGCGAUGAUGAACCGCCAAAACCCAAAAAGCUAAGAUCAUCUUCUCCUGAUGACUUGGCUCACACUUCAAUACCCAAAACCCCUGAAUCUCCAAAUAAGGAUCAGAUCACUGCAUUGCAGUCGGCUGUGCCCUACAACCCACCUGACUUGAAUAAGAACAUAACCCAGAUAUUCGGGAAACUUAUCAAUAUUUAUAGAGCCUUGGGUGAUGACCGAAGAUCGUUUAGCUAUUACAAGGCUGUACCAGUUAUAGAGAAGUUGCCUUUCAAGAUUCAAAGUGUGGACCAAGUUAAAGACCUACCCAACAUUGGAAAGUCUAUGCAAGAUCAUAUUCAGGAGAUCGUGACUACUGGGAAGUUAUCCAAGUUGGAGCACUUUGAAACAGAUGAAAAGGUACGAACACUCGCCUUAUUUGAGGAAAUUUGGGGUGUUGGUCCAGCUACUGCACUGAAAUUAUAUGAGAAAGGACACCGCACAUUAGAUGAUUUGAAGAAUGAAGAUUCAUUAACAAAUUCGCAAAAGUUGGGGUUAAGAUAUUAUGACGAUAUCAAACAGAGGAUCCCACGCCAUGAGGCUGAAGAGAUGGAACAUCUUCUACAGAAAGUCGGAGAGAAUGUUUUGCCCGGGGUGGUCAUUGUAUGUGGUGGAUCAUAUAGACGCUGGAAAGCUUCUUGUGGGGAUCUAGACAUUGUAAUUACACAUCCUGAUGGAACGAGUCACAAAGGUUUUCUACCAAAAUAUGUAAAGCAGUUAAAGGAUAUGAAGUUCCUACGAGAGGAUUUGAUUUUCAGUACGCAUAGUGAGGAGGGUACUGAUUCUGGCGUUGACACAUAUUUCGGACUUUGCACAUAUCCAGGAAGAGAGUUGCGACAUCGCAUAGAUCUUAAGGUUUACCCAUUGGAGAUAUAUGCAUUUGGACUAAUAGCUUGGACAGGGAAUGAUGUAUUGAAUAGGAGGUUGAGAUUACUAGCUGAAUCUAAAGGAUUCCGGCUUGAUGAUACAGGGUUGUUUCCAGCUACUCAUGGCUCUUCCGGCAGUAAACGGGGGGUGAGAGCUAGCGCAAGCUUGAAAUUUGACACAGAAAAGGAGGUGUUUGAUUUCCUUGGGUUUCCUUGGCUUGAACCACAUGAGAGAAAUCUGUGACAUGUGAAUGUUUUGUAUGAGCAAUGUGUACAUGUAAAGUAACAAACUCGGCCUUGUAAGGGAAACACACUUCAGUUCCAAUUUUGCAGACAACGAGAGAGCGGGAAAGUCUUGUUCACAUACAAACCCUUGAAAAUUUUUGAGUCUGUCGAAUGAUAUUGUUAUGAUUAUCUUCAAUUAAUCCGAAGACCUAUUUAAAUACA